CAACAGACGUCGAAUGCGACUGGCGGGCGGCAGAGAGCGAAAGCAAAUUAAAUUAAAGCGAAGCAAACUUAAACUUAAACUGAAACUUAAACUAAAUCUAACUCAAGACUCAGCCGAGCCGAGCCGAGCUGAACGAGAUCGCUGGCGACUGAGCCAAAGUGCACAGCGUGCGGCGAACAAAACAAAUUGCGUGUCUUUGUGUGUGUGUCUGUGUGUGUGUGCGUGAGACUCACAAAACGGAAAGCGACACAGCGAUAACGAUAGCGAUAGCAGCAUAUAACGAUUAAUCGAUUGACGAUUUUUGGCCAAUUUAGGCAAAAUGUGCAGCCGAAAAUGUUUCCGCAUGCCCACGUUAGUCAUCUGCGGCGUUUUAGUGACCAUCGUCCUAGUCUGCAUCACGGGCAUCACCCUGACCAACAGCAUCAACAUAUCGAACAUUGUGAAGUUGCGCGAGAAGGUCGCCAGCGAUUCGGCGGCUGCCAAUGGGGGCCAUCAGGCGGCACAGACGCGUGCCGCCCUCGUUGAGCAACAGUAUUCAACGCUGCAUCAGCAUCAUUUAUCGAAAAGCGAUCUAAAUUACAUAUCGGCGGCAACACAUCCGAAGAACUUACAGCGUUUCAUUUCCACACAGCAGCCAAAUCAAAUGCAACAGCAGCAGCAGCCCAACAAGAUUGUUAUCGAGAUUGGGUUAAGGAGCAGCACGAGCAGUAGUCGCAGCAGCAACAGCGACAACAAUAGCAACAGCAAUAGCAACAAUGAAAGUGGUCCCAGAUCCGUUGGCGGCAUCAACUUGUUGCCCAUGCCGCACAUGUUGCAGGCGGCAGAUGCUUUGAUGGAUGGCAAUAUUGAUUCCAUAUCUGUGCCAGCCGCAGGCGCAGCUCCAACAACAACAUCAACAUCAACAACAGCAACAACAACUACGACAACAACAAUAGAACCAGCUACAAUAACAACAGUAGCAGCAGCAACAGCUGCCAACACAUCGGAUUCACUGACUUCUGGAUCGGCGGCAAUCGUUUUUGACAUUACCGACCAUAAUCCAGCGGGCAUUCAAUUCGAGCGCCGAGCCCACGUUAAACAGAUGAUGGAGCACGCUUGGCACAACUAUAAAUUGUACGCUUGGGGCAAGAACGAGCUGCGUCCCUUGUCGCAGCGCCCGCACUCGGGCAGCAUAUUCGGAUCAUACGAUUUGGGCGCCACAAUUGUGGACGGACUGGACACGCUGUACAUUAUGGGCAUGGAGAAGGAAUACAAGGAGGGACGCGACUGGAUUGAGCGCAAGUUCUCGCUGGAUAAUAUCAGUGCCGAGCUGUCUGUUUUUGAGACGAACAUUCGGUUUGUGGGCGGCAUGCUGACACUGUACGCCUUUACCGGGGAUCCAAUGUACAAGGAGAAGGCACAGAACAUUGCCGAUAAGCUGCUGCCCGCCUUCCAGACACCGACGGGCAUACCCUAUGCGCUGGUCAACACCAAAACGGGCAAUGCCAAGAACUAUGGCUGGGCAUCCGGCAGCAGCUCAAUUCUCUCCGAGUUUGGCACACUGCAUCUGGAGUUUGCCUAUUUGAGUGACAUAACGGGCAAUCCGUUGUAUCGGGAGCGGGUCCAAACUAUACGCCAGGUGCUCAAGGAAAUUGAGAAGCCCAAGGGUCUCUAUCCCAACUUCCUCAAUCCCAAGACGGGCAAAUGGGGUCAGCUGCACAUGUCUCUGGGCGCCUUGGGCGACAGCUUCUACGAGUAUCUGCUGAAGGCCUGGCUCCAGUCCGGCCAAACGGACGAGGAGGCCCGCGAAAUGUACGAUGACGCAAUGCUGGCGAUCAUCGACAGAAUGGUUCGCACCAGCCCCAAUGGACUGACCUAUGUGUCUGAUCUAAAGUUUGAUCGAUUGGAGCACAAAAUGGAUCAUCUUGCCUGUUUCUCGGGCGGACUUUUUGCGCUCGGCGCCACAACGCGCCAAAACGAGCUCACUGACAAGUACAUGGAGGUGGGCAAGGGGCUAACCAACACUUGCCACGAGAGCUACAUACGCACACCCACCCAGCUGGGACCCGAGGCAUUCCGUUUCAGCGAUGCGGCAGAGGCGCGUGCGCUGCGUUCGCAGGAGAAAUACUACAUUCUUAGGCCGGAAACAUUCGAGAGCUAUUUCGUGCUGUGGCGCCUCACGCACGACCAGAAGUAUCGCGACUGGGGCUGGGAGGCAGUCCAGGCACUGGAGAAGCACUGCCGUACCGCGCACGGCUACUGCGGCCUGCGCAACGUUUAUCAGCAGGAGCCGCAAAAGGACGAUGUGCAGCAGAGCUUCUUCCUAGCUGAGACGCUCAAGUACCUGUACUUACUAUUCUCAGAUGACUCCCUUCUGCCACUGGAUGAAUGGGUGUUCAACACCGAGGCGCAUCCGUUGCCCAUCAAGGGCGCCAACAUUUAUUAUCGCAAGGCGGCUUCGCCGCUGCCAGCAUCGAAUGCGUCAUAAGCAACUGAGCGCAUUUGGAUGCCCGUGUCAUUCUAAUUAACUAUACAUAUACUAUAUAUAUAUAUAUAUAUAUAUAUAUAGGUGUAUAAUUUGAUACUUUUACUAUAAUUAUGAUUCUUUUUCUUUUUUUUUAAUUGUAUACAACAACUACAUAAGGCAAUAUAUGUAAUCUGAUCUUUAGUUCGCCGAGCCAAUGAUGAUCGUGCGACGACCACUUUCUAUGUAACAUAUUUAUAAAACUUAAUAAACUUAACGUUAGCGAGCCCUAGGUACUAUACUAAUACUUAUAUGUUUGUCUACCAACCAUCCUCUAGCUCGUAUUUACUCACAUAAUACACAAGCUCGGCACAAGUUUUCCAAACAUUAAAUAAUAAUUAAUAUGAGCCGCCCACUUCUGGCUCACUUCCAUUUUGAAGAGUUAAAAACACACACACACACAGAAUAAAUCCCAAUUCAAUUAUAUAUAUAUA